AUGAGCCAAAACAUCUACGACUCCAUCGGCUUCUUCGAGUCCUACAGCAAGUAUCCGCGCAUGGAGAAGGGACUCGCCGGCGCAUCGGAAUGGCCCCUCCUGGAGACCAUGCUGCCAUCCAGUCUUGUGUCCAAGACCGUCCUCGACCUUGGGUGCGGCGACGGCUGGUUUUCCCGCUGGGCUCUCGACCAAGGGGCGAAAGCCGUAUGCGCCAUGGACGUGUCCCAGAACAUGCUCAGCCGGGCUCGGGCGCUCAGUCCACCGGACCGAUACCCGGCCAUAACCUUUCGCCAAGUUGACAUGGAGACAUUGGAGGGCCAGGACGGGGGACUGGAUCCCGAAGCGAAUGACGUUGCUUUCAGCGGCCUCGCCCUGCACUACCUCGUUAACCUCGAGGCGGCUCUCCGACAGGUCUUUAGGUCUCUUCGGCCGGGCGGCUUGUUCGUCUUUUCCGUCGAACACCCCAUCUUCACGGCUCCUCAACGGCCGGGGUUCCAAAAGUCUGGAGCUGUCCAGGACUGGCCUUUGAGUAGUUACUUUGCCGAGGGAGAGCGAGAGGUCGACUGGCUGGGUACGCCGGUGAGGAAGCAGCAUCGAACCAUUUCUAGCUAUUUGAAGACACUCCGUACAGUGGGCUUUGAAGUCGUUGUGGUGGACGAAUGGGGUCUCAACAUGGGGGUUGAGGUAAGAGACCUCUUUGGUCUUCGCACUCUCUGA